UUCACCGUUUCUGUUCCUGUUAGACGAGAAAAUAAAACGCAAAGUACUCUACAUGCUGCCUGUAUGGAAAAAAAGGAUUGUUGUGUCCGGGCGCAAGGAGAGGCUCGCCUAAAGAUCACUAAACACAGACUGCACCAAACCGGUUCAAGUUUUACCUGUGUGGAGUAAAGAGUACUCCCCUGACCAGUGUGGGCUAAUGAUGUCUUUAAUGGUUCACCUGAAGACGGUCGCUCACCUACGGGGGAAAGGUGACCGGAUCGCCAAAGUUACAUUCAGAGGUCUGCCCUUCUACAGCCGUGUGGCAGAGAACUGUGAGGAGGUGGCUCACUUUAAUGAGACAUUUCGAUGGCCCAUUGCCAGCAGGCUGGAUGGAAACGAAAUGCUGGAGAUCCAAGUGUACAACUACAGCAAAGUCUUCUCCAACAGGCUGGUGGGGACUUUCUGUAUGGUUCUUCAGAAGGUGGCUGAGGAGGGACACCUAGAGCUGACCGACACACUCAUUGAUGAUAACAACACGUCAAUAAAGACCAGCGUUACCAUAGAGAUCAGAUACCAGUCGAUGGAUGACACAGUGGGAGUGUGGAGCGACGGGGAGUUCCUUGAUGUUCCUGAUGAUCGUGAUGGGAUGUUUGCCUUUGAAACUGACAGCUUGCUGUCAGGGCAAAGCCACGGGUCAGGGACGUCUCCUGGGCGGUCCUUACAGGGUUCCAUACCGACCUUCAGGAAAGCAGGGAAGGGCGUGUUCUCAGCCAUGAAGCUCGGCAAGAUCAAGAUCUCUAAAGAUGAUCACAAGAAAGGAGAUGAGCCGGCGGUCCUGGACAUGGAGGACCUGGACAGGAAAGCGAUGCGUCUUGCUGGAUCACUGGACCCCGACACCAUCUCUCUGGCAUCUGUCACCGCUGUCACCACCAACGUCUCCAACAAGAGGUCCAAGCCAGAUAUCAAGAUGGAGCCAAGCUCUGGACGACCAGUGGACUAUCAGAUCAGCAUCACAGUGAUCGAGGCCCGGCAGCUGAUAGGCCUCAACAUGGACCCUGUAGUGUGUGUGGAGAUCGGAGAUGACAAGAAGUACACGUCUAUGAAAGAAUCCACCAACUGCCCGUACUACAAUGAGUAUUUCGUCUUUGACUUCCACGUCCCUCCUGAUGUCAUGUUUGACAAGAUCAUCAAGCUGUCAGUUAUUCACUCUAAAAAUCUUCUUCGGAGCGGGACCUUGGUGGGAACCUUCAAGAUGGAUGUUGGGACCGUUUACUCGCAGCCUGAACAUCAGUUUUACCACAAGUGGGCCAUCCUGUCUGAUCCUGAUGACAUAACAACAGGGUGUAAAGGAUAUAUAAAGUGUGACAUCGCUGUGGUCGGGAAGGGCGACAACAUCAAGACCCCACACAAGGCUAACGAGACCGAUGAAGACGACAUCGAGGGGAACCUCCUGCUCCCAGAGGGCAUUCCAGCAGAGAGGCAGUGGGCAAGGUUUUACGUAAAGAUCUACCGCGCUGAGGGACUUCCUAAAAUGAACACCAGCAUCAUGGCUAACGUGAAGAAGGCCUUCAUAGGAGAGAACAGAGACCUGGUGGACCCCUACGUUCAAGUGCAGUUUGCCGGGCAGAAAGGGAAGACUUCAGUCCAGAAGAGCAGUUAUGAGCCAAUCUGGAACGAGCAGGUCGUCUUCACUGAGCUGUUCCCUCCACUCUGCAAACGCAUCAAGGUCCAGAUUCGAGACUCGGAUAAGGUCAACGAUGUCGCCAUAGGGACCCACUUCAUUGAUCUACGCAAGAUAUCAAAUGACGGUGACAAAGGGUUCCUGCCCACUCUGGGUCCAGCUUGGGCCAACAUGUACGGGUCCACCCGUCAGUACACUCUGAUGGACGAGCACCAGGACCUGAAUGAGGGUCUUGGAGAAGGCGUGUCCUUCAGAGCUCGUCUCCUGCUCUCCAUCGCUGUGGAGAUCCUGGACACCACUUCCCCGGACAUCAUAAGCUCCACUGACGUGCAGGUGGAGACUGUGUCCAACAUCUCAGAGAGUGCCACUGGGAAAAUAGAUGAGUUCUUCCUCUUUGGUUCCUUCCUGGAGGCCACCAUGAUCGACAGGAAGAUUGGUGACAAAACAAUAAGUUUUGAAAUCACGAUAGGUAAUUAUGGCAACCAGAUAGACGGUGUAAGCAAGCCCUCAUCAGCAAAGAAGAAGAAGAAAGAUGGAGAGAAUGAAGAAGAGGAGAGCGAGCUCAUCCAGAACUCCAGUGAGGAUGAGGCGGACGAGGAUGCGGACCUGGUCUCCAUCUCCUCCACUCCUCCAAUGAAGCCUGUCAUCACUGACAGGAAUUACUUCCAUCUUCCCUACUUUGAAAAGAAGCCAUGUGUCUACAUCAAAAGCUGGUGGCAGGACCAGAGAAGACGACUCUACAAUUCCAACAUGAUGGACAAGAUUGCCGACAAGCUGGAAGAAGGUUUGAAUGAUGUUCAGGAAAUCAUUAAGACAGAGAAGGCUUUUCCAGAGCGCAGACUCAGGGGAGUGCUGGAGGAGCUCAGCGUCGGCUGCAGUCGGUUUGUGACUCUGGCUAACAAGGACGUGAACCAGGCAGGCCGAACCAAACUGGAUCGAGAGCGGCUGAAGUCCUGCAUGAGAGAGAUGGACAGCAUGGGCCAGCAGGCCAAGCAGAUCCGAACUCAGGUGAAGAAAAACACAGUCAGAGACAAGCUCAAGCUGGUGCAGAACUUCCUGCAGAAGCUCCGCUUCCUCGCCGACGAGCCUCAGCACAGCAUCCCAGAUGUUUUUGUCUGGAUGAUGAGCAACAACAAGCGUGUCGCCUAUGCCCGGAUUCCCUCCAAAGACAUCCUGUACUCCAUAGUGGAUGAGGAAACAGGAAAAGACUGCGGCAAAGUCAAAGCUGUCUUCCUCAAGCUGCCAGGUAAGAAGGGCUUUGGUCCUGCUGGCUGGACAGUUCAGGCUAAGCUGGAGCUGUAUCUGUGGCUCGGCCUCAACAAGCAAAGGAAGGACUUCCUCAAUGGUCUGCCUAAUGGUUUUGAAGAGGUCAAAGCUGCUAAAAUGGGCCCCGGUCUUCACUCUGUCCCCCCCGUCAGCCUCGUCUACAACAUGAAGCAGGUGUUCCAGCUGAGAGCGCACAUGUACCAGGCACGCAGUCUGUUUGCUGCUGACAGCAGCGGCCUUUCAGACCCCUUCGCUCGGGUCUUCUUCUCCACACACAGCCAGGUUACUGAGGUCCUGACGGAGACUCUGUGCCCUACAUGGGACCAGCUGCUAGUGUUUGAUGACGUGGAACUGUUUGGGGAGGCCAGUGAGCUGAGAGACGACCCACCAAUCAUUGUAGUUGAAAUCUAUGACCAGGACACUGUGGGCAAGGCAGAGUUCAUAGGUCGGACGUUUGCGAAGCCCACCAUCAAGAUGUGUGACGAGCACUAUGGCCCCCCAAGGUUCCCACCACAGCUGGAGUACUACCAGGUUUAUAGAGGGAACUGCACUGCCGGGGAACUGCUGGCUGCCUUUGAGCUGCUGCAGAUUGGUCAAGGAGGGAGGGCUGAUCUUCCUCCUCUUGAAGGACCGACGGACUCGGAGCGCGGACCCAUUCUGCCCGUGCCGUUGGGCAUCCGACCCGUCCUGAGUCGCUACCGUAUAGAGGUUUUGUUCUGGGGCUUGAGGGACCUGAAGAGGAUUAACCUGGCUCAAGUGGAUCGGCCUCGUGUGGACAUAGAGUGUGCAGGUAGAGGCGUGCAGUCGGUUGUCAUCCAGAACUACAAGAAAAACCCCAACUUCAGCACCCUGGUUAAAUGGUUUGAGGUGGACCUUCCAGAGAAUGAGCUUCUCCACCCUCCUCUCAACAUCCGGGUGGUGGACUGCCGGGCAUUUGGCCGUUACAUCCUGGUGGGGUCCCAUGCCGUCACCAGCCUGAGACGUUUCAUCUACAGCACCCCAGACAAGACCUCCAACAACUGGGCCACAGCAGCUAAACUAAUGAAUGGCUACAUGGUCCUCGCCAAUGGCGGCUCCCAGCCUCGCUCCUCACCCAGCGUUUCCCCCCGCACCCUCUCUCGCCCCGCAGGUGACAUCAUCGUCAACAUGGACACAGAGCCUUUGGUCCGAAAGAUGGACACAGUGGUCAAGUUAGACGCUACGUCUGACGCUGUUGUAAAAGUUGACAUGACUGAGGAGGAGAGUGACAAAGAGAAAAAGAAGAAGAAGAAGAAAAAGAAGGGAGGAGUGGAGGAAGAGGAUGAGACAGACGAGAGAGUGCUGGACUGGUGGUCCAAAUAUUUUGCUUCAAUAGAGACACUGAAAGAGACCCUCCGAGCCCAGGAGGCGGCUCAGGCUGAGGCGGAGGAGAGAGAGGACCUGGAGAUAGCUGCAGAGGCAGCAGAUAUCAAACCCGAUGACCUUCUUCUGAAAGGCUCCAAGACGAAGGAAAAGAGCAAAGAGAAGAAGAGCUCCAAGGACAAGAAGAAGGGUCAGGCUGGAGAGGGCUCUGAGAAACGACCGGUUAAAACAAAAGUGGAUGAGUUGUUGGUGUACAACAAGGAGCUGGAGAGCGAGUAUGGCAACUUUGAAGACUGGCUCCACACUUUCAACUUGUACAGAGGAAAGGCCGGGGAUGACGACGAGCAUGCUCUGGACGACGACAGGAUCGUUGGCAGAUUCAAGGGAUCCUUAUGUAUGUACAAGCUACCUCUGUCUGAGGAGAUCACGAGAGAGGCAGGAUUUGAUCCGAACAUGGGCAUGUUCCAGAGCAUUCCACACAACGAUCCAAUCAACGUCCUCGUCCGCGUCUAUGUUGUCAGAGCUACAGAUCUUCAUCCUGCUGAUAUCAAUGGGAAGGCCGAUCCAUACACGGUCAUCAAGCUGGGCAAGUCAGAGAUCAGGGACAAAGAGAACUACAUCUCCAAACAGCUCAAUCCUGUAUUCGGCAAAUCAUUCGACAUCGAGGCCACGUUUCCCAUGGAGUCCAUGCUAACGGUGUCUGUGUACGACUGGGACCUGGUCGGCACUGACGACCUGAUUGGAGAGACAAAGAUCGACUUGGAGAACCGUUUCUACAGCAAAUACAGAGCCACCUGCGGCAUUUCAUCCAACUAUUCUGUGCAUGGAUACAACAUUUGGCGGGACCCUUUGAAGCCCAGUCAGAUCCUGGGGAAGCUCUGCAAGGAAGGCAAGAUCGAUGGGCCUCAUUAUGGACCGGGAGGCAAAGUCAAGGUGGCCAGUCGAAUCUUUAUGGGACCCACAGAGAUCGAGGAUGAAAAUGGCCUGAAGAAGCAGACUGAGGAGCAUUUGGCUCUGACGGUGCUGAACCACUGGGAGGAGAUCCCGAGGGUGGGCUGUAAGCUCGUCCCUGAACACGUGGAGACCAGACCCCUGCUGAACCCCGACAAACCCGGCAUCGAACAGGGCCGUAUUGAGAUGUGGGUGGACAUGUUCCCAAUGGACAUGCCUGCUCCUGGACCAGCGAUUGACAUAUCACCACGGAAACCAAAGAGAUAUGAGCUCAGGGUGAUUAUUUGGAAUACAGACGAAGUAAUACUGGAGGACGAUGAUUACUUCACUGGGGAAAAGUCCAGUGACAUAUUUGUCAGGGGAUGGCUGAAAGGGCAGCAGGAGGACAAGCAGGACACAGACGUGCACUACCACUCCCUGACCGGUGAGGGCAACUUUAACUGGCGCUUCGUCUUCCCCUUUGAUUACCUCAUGGCUGAGGAGAAGAUCGUCAUCUCCAAGAAGGAGUCGAUGUUCUCCUGGGAUGAGACCGAAUAUAAGAUCCCUCCUCGCCUCACGAUGCAGGUCUGGGACGCCGACCACUUCUCUGCUGAUGACUUCCUGGGUGCGAUUGAGUUGGACCUGAACCGCUUCCCUCGCGGCGCCAAGACGGCCAAGCAGUGUUCCAUUGACAUGAUCCGGAAUGAGCAGGAGCUGCCCACCAUUUCCAUAUUCAAACAAAAGAGGGUCAAGGGCUGGUGGCCGUUUGUGGCCCGAGACGAGAACGAUGAGAUGGAGCUCACGGGUAAAGUAGAAGCUGAGCUUCAUCUGGUGACAGCGGAGGAGGCGGAGAAAAGUCCUGUAGGUCUUGGACGGAAUGAGCCCGACCCACUGGAGAAACCAAAUCGCCCGGACACCACCUUCCUGUGGUUCCUGAGCCCGCUGAAAGCCAUCCGCUACCUGGUGUGCAACCGCUACAAGUGGCUGAUCAUCAAGAUCGUGCUGGCCCUGCUGCUGCUCAUCAUGCUGGGCCUCUUCCUCUACAGCAUGCCGGGCUACCUUGUCAAGAAGCUGCUGGGGGCCUGAGAGGCUGCAGGGAGGGCAGGGAGGGGGGUGGCCAGCCGGAGAGAUGGAUGGGUGAAUGGGGGAGACAGCACGAGCAUUCUCCCUCAGUCUCACCCACAGCAAGGAAGGCACCGCUAGCUGUCUCCUCUAUCCAAUCUGCAGCAAGCCUAACAAAUCUAACACUCAGCAUCUGGACUCCAUCCUUGAACUGACUAAAAGCAAUCAUUUGCCACAAAGUAACCCCCUCUUCUUCUUCUCCUCCUUCUUUUCAGACGACGUCCAUGACAAUGAAUGUUCCUUUUAUCUGUUUUUACAGCUUAUUAAGCUAAAUCGGAGUGUUGUGUUAGUGGUCAGACGAUUGCAUGGACGUUCAUUUCAAGUGAUGCUAUAAGAUCUCCCAUUACUGCUACAAAGUCUGCCGUUGAUUUAGGGGAAUAUUGAACAAACGAACUAUGUUUUUGGCAUCACUUUGCUUAAACCCCUGUAUAAACAUUGUUUACUGUACGACACGCUGUAAUGUAGUUGUAAGCAGAGUUGUGAGUGGUCAUUAAUGUGCAGUGUUUGUGAGCAAUUAUAACGUCUCCUGUGAAGACAUAUUUUAUAUUAUUAUAUCUGUCUUUUACUCUAUUGUCAUUCAUUAUCUGUUUACACACCAACCAGUGUCCACAAGAGGGGUUAUUGUUGUCAACAGUUACAUUAAUGAACACUUAUACUGCUUAUAACUACCUUAUCAUUAAUUCAAUGUAUAUAAGCUCCUUUUAGAUGUGACUAGGGGGUUCAAGCAAAGUGCUGCCUUUUUUUUUAAACUAAUAUAGCUCUUGCUGCCUUUGCACACUUCAAAAUAAUGAAGAAACAAAAAUAAAGAUGUCUAUUUUCCUAAUGAAAUUCAAUGAGACGUAGAACAAGGUGACUACAAAAUUAAUUAAAUAACAAGCGCUCUACAGGGUUCAGUUUCAACUGCAAUGCUAAAUGUUAAAUCGAGACAGACUUUGGUCAAAUAGUACUUGCAAAUAAUCCUUACAAAAAAAAUGUUUUAGCACAUUUUUUUAUUACUAAUAUGUGGACCCAGACAUGCACAGCUCAGCCGAUUCUCUCAGAAUGCCCUAAGCUUCAAUAUUCCCAUAUUUUUGUUCAAGUGUGUAAAUUCACUUUACUGUUAUACUGAUAAAACCCUCAUAGGAAAAUAAAACUAUUUGCAAAUAUGAUUUGACUAAGACUGAUGUAAAAGUCCUCAAAAACACUUCAAGGGUAUUACUGUUUUCUCCCAAAAUGUAGACUUAUAUGUCAAUAUGCAUGCGUCAUUGUGAUAACUGACCACGGAGGUCAUGUGUGUUGGCAUGACUUGUCUUUGCAGCUCAACACAAACCAAAUCACCAACCCCGAUAUCUGUAACAUUACAGCUAAUGUGGUAAUAUGAUUAAAGUGCACUUGAGUGGAGUGGUGAAAGGGGUCUGGGUUGGUUCUCAAAACUCUGGCCGUAGCUCCGUGUCAGUUGGAGUUGUUUGCUGUGUCUUUGCUCCCUUUCAUUCAUUCAACCUUUAUUUAGAUUCUCAGAGAAAUCAUCGAAGGCAACCGUCAUUUACUAUGAUGCUGAGGUUGCACCAUGGAAAACACAAAUACACAAAGUCAACAAAAUAAAUCGGUGAAAAUACAACUCAUGGUAAAUUUCAGAUUUGCCUGUGAUUGCUUGUGCUUGAACUCAUUUGUGUUGCAGUCUUUGUUUGUGAUUAUGUGUUCCACUGAUUACAGUUAUUGUUUGCACUAAACCUGCCUGUUUUUACAAUGAUUUUGUGUUUAUAUAUCUGUUGAAAUGUGUGCAAUAUUUAUUUUCUGUCGGUUUUGGCAAUUUGAAAUAAACUGAAUUCCAUGGA